AUCUGGUAAUUAAACUAAAGCUAACUGAACUUGAAACACACACGCACACACACACAUACAUACACACAAGCACCCCUGUUUGCAGUAAAGAUUUUUAAUAGGCGGGCGCAGGUCUCCUAUAAGAGAGCUUCCUGCCUACCUGCAGUCAGUCGGUGUUUACUAUGGAGCUGAAUGGUUUAUCAGAGAAUAGCCAGAGAAAUGGGCUGGACAACCAGGCCUUCCACUCUCAGGACUCUAUCUGCAUUUAUGUAGAAGUUGCUCAUCGGCCAUCAGAGGAGCUAAAGAAAAGGUUCUUGGAAAAGAGAAUGGAAGGGAUCCACCGAUAUCUGGAGGAGCACAGGACUAGGAUCAGUCUGGUGUUGGGCAUUGUCUUGGUUGCAGGUUACUUUGCCGUGGUGAUCGCGGCAUGCGUGCUGAACUUUCAGCGUGCUCUGGCCCUGUUGGUGGUGACCCUGCUGGCUGUCUUCUUUCUUCUGUGGGACUGGCUGAUGGGCCGCUAUGGACAACGCCUCUGGGACGCCCUGCAACCCGCCAGGGACACCCUCAACACACACUGGCUCUGGGUCAAAUGGGUGGUGUGUGUGCUGCUGCUGGUGGCAGUGGUGUGCUGGCUGGUGUUUGACACGGCCAAACAGGGAUCGCGGCAGCUAGUCUCUUUCUCUGGACUCCUCUGCUUCAUAAUGCUCAUGCUGGUGUUCUCAAGGAACCCAUUCAGGGUGUCAUGGCGAACUUUACUGUGGGGUGUGGCACUACAGUUCUUGUUUGGAGUCAUCAUCCUCAGAACCAAAGCAGGAUUCACUGCUGUAGACUGGCUGGGCCAUCAAGUGGAGGUGUUUCUGUCCUACGCUGACACCGGCUCUAGGUUUGUGUUCGGCGACAAAUACACAGACCACUUCUUUGCGUUCCAGGUUCUGCCUAUUGUAGUGUUCUUCAGCACUGUCAUCUCUAUGCUCUACCACCUUGGCUUCAUGCAGUGGCUCAUCCUCAAGGUGGGCUUCAUAAUGCAGAUUACUAUGGGAACUUCUCCCACAGAGUCAAUGGUCGCCGCUGGCAACAUAUUUGUGGGACAGACAGAAUCUCCACUCUUGAUUCGUCCGUAUAUCUCCCAGCUGACCUUGUCAGAGAUCCAUGCCGUGAUGACAGGAGGGUUCUCCACCAUCGCUGGCAGUGUACUGGGAGCCUUCAUCUCUUUUGGGAUUGAAGCAUCACACUUGCUGACAGCCUCCGUAAUGUCAGCCCCGGCCUCCCUGGCUAUCGCCAAAACCUUCUGGCCAGAGACAGAGACCCCCAAAGUCACAGCGAAGAAAGGCCUCAAACUGGAGACAGGGGAGGGCAGUAACCUGCUGGAGGCAGCAUCUCGCGGAGCGUCCUCUUCUAUUGUCCUGGUGGCCAACAUCGCUGUCAACCUCAUUGCCUUCCUGGCCCUGCUCGCUUUCCUCAAUGCCGCUCUGUCAUGGCUGGGCAACAUGUUCAACUACCCCCAGCUCAGUUUCUCUAUCAUCUGCUCGUACGUAUUCAUGCCUUUCUCCUUCCUGAUGGGUGUGGCCUGGGAGGACAGCUUCAUGGUGGGCGAGCUGAUUGGCUACAAGACCUUCUUCAAUGAGUUUGUGGCCUAUGAGAGGUUGGCAAAACUCAUCAAGAGGAGAGAGGACAAAGGCCCAGAGUACGUGGAUGACGUUAAGCAGUACCUAUCUGUCCACUCUGAAACCAUAGCGACGUAUGCUCUAUGUGGCUUCGCGAACAUCAGCUCUCUGGGUGUGAUGAUCGGAGGCCUCUCGGCUAUGGCCCCAGAGCGGAGGGGUGAUAUUUCCAGGUGUGCCAUCAGAGCUCUUAUCUCAGGCACGGUGGCAUGCUUCAUGACAGCGUGCAUCGCAGGUAUGUUGUAUAUCCCAGAGCUGCUGUGUGAAGACUUCCUGAAGGAAGAGUUCAACUCCACAUUAGUCAUUAACAGCACUCAGCUCCUCACCUGCUGUACUGAGCUCUACCACAGUGUGCUAGUUAGCCCUUCUAACAUGACUCUGGAAGGAAGAUUCAGUAUGGCUUCUCUCAAUGGCUGUUGCGCCAUCCUGUCCUCCCCACUCUUCAACUGCAGCCUGGUCCCCUGAGAGGCAGGAGGAGGACAGAGAAAAGAAUGGAGAGCAGAGGAUGGACAGAAAAGGAUGGAAAGAGGAGCAUGGCGAAUGGAAGCACCCUGACCUCUUUCUUGUCACAAGUCAAGUAUAAAGAUCCUGAUACAGUUUAAGUUGUCCAUUUUGAGAAAGUUUGUAAUGAAAUUACAUGACAUUUACAAUGACAUUUUUUUUCUAAAUGUAAAGAUAUUAAAGAUAUUUCAGAGCAUU